GUCAACAUUACUGCGUGUUGAUGGUACACGCCUGCAGUGGGGAGUACAUCCAUCAGCCAGCCUUCUCUUCCCCCCUCUGACAAAGAGUAGCUAGACUCCAUGGACCGUGCUGACGAAGCAGCGCCCCGCUGCUUGCCUCCGUCCGCCGCAUGGACAAGCAAUUCAUGCCAGGGGAUUUGGGGGUGUCUCUGUCUUAACAACAGGUCGCAUGGCUAAUCCCUCACAUCCCUGUGCUGGCGCGGCGAGGCGAGGCGUUUCCACCGUGUUAUCGGAAUGAGGGGCCGUUCGGCUCGUCUGUGCGUGAUGAAGCAGCCCGAGAACCAGCUACAACCAGGCUUCCAUUCCUAAGAGCGCCGUUUAAAGAAGGGAACGGAAGGGGCGGCAAGAGUAGCGUGGAGCAGGUUAGUGUGCGUGUAUGUGCGUGCGCGCAUUUGGAUUGUACACACGCCAUAUAAAUUGGUGGGCGUUUAGUUUAUGGCAAUCGUAGAAAUCCAGUCUGGAUCGCUUUGGCGAUGCCUGUUAUUGUGGAAGAGGGAGGCGAGGCGACACAAUAUGCAGGUACCGCGCCUGGGAGAGGCGGCAUCACUGCUGGUUUGAAGAAAACGCAUGUGCAGGCUUCACAGGCAAUGAUUAGGUGGAACGCGCGGCCGAGGUCUCUCGCCCAGGAUGGAAAUUGAUGCCCGCUUCCGGUACUACUUCCAGCACCCGUGGUCCCGCCUGGUGGUGGCCUACCUGGUCAUCUUUUUCAACUUCCUGAUCUUCGCCGAGGACCCCAUCUCGCACAGCCAGACGGAGGCGCACAUGAUCGUCGUGGGCAACUGCUUCUCCUUCGUCGUCAACAAGUACCCCGGCGGCGGGUGGAACUUCGUGAAGGUGAUCCUCUGGCUGCUGGCCAUCGUCGCCGGCCUGUUUGCCGGAAAGUUCUUCUUCCACCAGCGACUGUUUGGUCGAUACCUGCGCCUGAAAAUGUUCCGGGAGGACCACGGCUCCUGGAUGACCAUGUUCUUCAGCACCAUCCUCUUCCUCUUCAUUUUCUCGCACAUCUAUAACCUCCUCCUCCUCAUGGCGGGGAACAUGCGUCCGCACAUGGUCACAGAGUACAUGGGCAUCAGGAAUGAGAGCUUCAUGAAGAUAGCCGCAGUGGGAACGUGGAUGGGCGAUUUCGUGACGGCGUGGAUGGUGACAGAUAUGAUGCUUCAGGAUAAACUCUACCCGUGCUGGGGAAAGGCAGCCAGAAGGUUCUGGAAGCAAGGAAACAACAGAAUUGUCCUUUUCUGGACGGUGCUGAUCUCUCUCACGUCAGUGGUGGUUCUUAUCAUCAGUACGGACUGGAUCAGCUGGGACAACCUAAACCGGGGCUUCCUCCCCAGCGACGAGGUGUCCCGGGCCUUCCUGGCCUCUUUCAUCCUGGUCUUCGACCUUCUCAUUGUGAUGCAGGACUGGGAGUUUCCACACUUCAUGGGGGAUCUGGACGUGAACCUUCCAGGCAUGUCCACUACCCAGGUAAAGCUGAAGCUCCCUGUCUGCAAGAGCAUCUUCAAGGAGGAGUACCACAUACACAUCACAGGAAAGUGGUUCAACUACGGGAUCAUCUUCCUGGUGCUGAUCCUGGACCUCAACAUGUGGAAGAACCAGAUCUUCUACAAGCCGUACGAGUACGGCCAGUACGUGGGGCCCGGCGAGAAGAUCUACACGGUGGAGGAGCCCGACACCUUGAGCGAAUUCAACCGCAGCACCCUCACCUGGGAGUGGCGCUCCACCACCGUGGACCCGGCCACCAACCGCACCUACGUCCAGCAGGACAUGUUCCUGCACAGCCGCUACGUGGGCACCAGCCUGUACGUCAAGUGCCUGGCGUUCGUGCCCAGCCUGGCCGCCUUCGCCCUCUUCGGCUUCUUCGUCUGGCUCCUGGGCCGCUUCCACGAGAGCGAGCAGGGCCCGGAGAACCAGGACAGCACGUACGAGCGCAUCCGCCGCAAGUCGCCCUCGGAGUACAGCAAGGACAUGGGCCUGACCCCCGAGGAGGUGCACAUCUCCAUGAGCGAGACCCUGAGGAGGACCAGGCCCGCGCUCCUCUCCGUGGACACCCCCCGCUUCAGCUCGACCCACGAGGCCCUCUCGCCCUGCUCGCCCUGCUCCCCCCCCCAGGCCCGGGAGACGCACCCCAGGAUCGUGGUGGAGGAGCCCUCCGUCUCCUCCGACGCGGGCAACCCCCCUUGCCUCGAAGGUUCUACGGGACGUUCCCAAGAUGGAAUGCUGCUGAGAGGGGAGACUGGAGAGCCAGGGCCUGGGGGUGAAUUCAAUUUCAAAAGCGUUCAGGAAAUUAAUUGAAAUUCAAUUCGGUAAUAAAACAAACCUUCGCAAAACAGUGGUAGCAAACCCAGGUCCCAGAGAGAUGCUGGGUCUGCAGGGUUUUCUUGUUACUCAGUACCUCAUGAAUCACUUUAAGCAGUUCAUUACACAGUGAAAUAACUUCACCUGGACUCUUUGAUCUGAAAUAGUUUUUUACGCUGAAAAUAAAAAAAGGGAGAACCUGGAACUGUCCAGGACCAGUGUUUCAGACCCCUGUGUAGAUAUACAGGUGUUUCAGUUCAUGAAUUCAAAUGGAAUUGACCCACCAGUCUUAAAAGGCAGGGUGGAUGUUUUUUUAUGGUCCGUGCUCGCUAUUUUUUUUUCUAAUCUUCCCUUCCACAAAUCCCUGCUGGAUUACCUUCACAAUGAAGAUAAAAACUUUGAAUCGGGAUGAAGGUUUGGUUUUUGGGGAAGCUGUAAAAAAAAAAAAAAAAAAAAAAAAACCACUACUUGAUCCUGGAGUGCAUUUACCCCCUGGUAAUGUCCUUUUUUCUUGUUUUUUUUUAUUACACUUUUGUAAGAAGCUAUUUUCAAGCCCUAUCACUUGGCACUGAUUGGAUACAAAUACUCUAUGUCACCCCAUAUUUCCAUAGGCAUAUAGGUCUUCUUGGUGUGUGAUUCUUUUCUGUAUGGCAUUGUUUUGGUCUCUCAAUUGAAAGGAGUCCAUAAGGUGUGAAACAUUGUCCAAAUGUAAUUAGAUCACUUCUUGUGCAGCUCGGUUUGUGGAUAAUGUGUGACUUGUUUUAUUAUUUUUUUUGUGAUGUCCAUUCAUUACUGAACAGAAACAGGGACCGGAGUCAGAUACUGUAGACGGUCAGGUGGACUUACAGAACACUGAUUCAAUGCCUUGAUGAAAAGUCAGACUGUACAUUUACGUACAUUACAUAUGGACAAAUUUAUAUUUUUACUGGCCAGAACUCAUUCAGUGCUCAUGUCCAGUAUUAUUUACGGUGCCGUGUAUUAUUUUCCAUGCGUGGUUGGCUCAGGAUGUCAUUUUUUCUAAAUGUUUUAUUAAAUUAUUGAGGGCAUAAGAGAAUAGUAUAUACGAUGAGAGUACAGCUAAUUUUGUAUUGUAAGCGGUUAUAAUGGAUGGUUAUUAACUUUCUGUUUUGCUUACUGUAGAGUUGAAUGAAUACAUAUUAAAGGAGGUGAACACUGAGCUCACUUUCCUAAUUUGUCCACAGUGAGGGCAUGUUUGAUUCAAAGCUGAGCAAGACAGGAUGUUCUCUAAUCAACCUUGUCCCGUGCAGCAUGUUUACAAUGAUCAUCACUUAUUCAUGGCCACGUGUGUGCAAAUGUGCAUGUGUGUCAUGUGUGUGUGUGAGAGUGUCUGUGUGUGUGUGUGUGUAUGCACGCAUAUGAGCUUGUGUGUGUGUCAAUCAGUCAGUCAUGCCAUACGAAUCACAAACUGCUGGCAAUUGUGAUCUUUUGUUUUUUGCAAUGGAAGUGGUGUUUCACAAUGAAAUAUAUGUAUGUUUACCAUGCUUUUGAUGCUACUGUGCAGCGAUAUGCAAAGAUAAAAAUGGAAUCACAUUGGGUCUUGAUAAAUAACUGUAGAGCAUAAUCUUGUCAAUGUCAUUGUCUCAUGUUGUUUGUGCAUUUUGUUUUCUCUCAAUAAAAAAAAUGACUUAA